UGCGCAUCUCAGUAAACUGCAGCCAACUGCGACGAAAACUCUGAAAAUAAGUGAAAUAAGUUUCCUCGAUGCAUUUGAGUUCUAUGUGGGUGAUUGUAUUGCUGGCCGUGGGUGCCUCUGUGGCCCUGCCUGCCGGAGAGGAUGCCCAGGCGGAGACCAUUAAAAUGGAGAGCGAGAACACCGGGGACAAAUAUUCCUUUGCCUAUGAAACCAGCAAUGGAAUUUCGCGUUCGGAGACUGGAGAGGUAAAGCCCGGCGCCGGAGAAGAUGAUGGAUCCCUGUCUGUCCAAGGAACAACCAGUUGGUCAGCUCCCGAUGGCAAGAAGUACGAGAUUAGCUUCACAGCCGAUGAAACUGGCUAUCAUCCCAAGUUCAGGCUAGUGACAUAGACGCUGGAUUUAUUUCUAGAGAAAUGGGUUUAGUAAACGCAAUAAUUUUUUAAUUCGUUUGAAGCACUUAAUUGAAGUGGCUAUUUAAUGUAAAUAAAAAUAUCGUUAAUAAAAGCAAAGAAAUGU